AUGCUCAUGUAUGUCAGUUUAUUCAUCCUUUUCUUCUUUCCCAACUUUUCCGUCGCACCCCUGCUUCUACAUUUGCUUCAUUAUGACUUUUGUUCUCUUUGUCUCGCUUCCUGUGAUAUUACUUAUUAUGUAAGCCAAUCUCUGGUCCUUUUCUUAAUAAAGAUAAAUAUAAAUUAUUCCUAUCCCUCCCCUCCUUCUUUAAUUUCGACCAUAUAUGUCGUCGCCCUCCUCCUCAUCUCUCUAUCACCUUACAUCAACGCAAAUCUGCCUCUCAAAUGCUACCGGAUUUCAUCCCGGAAUCCACAACACUAUCUAUCUAUCUAUCUAUCUAUCUAUCUAUCUAUCUAUCUAUCUAUCUGCAUGCGCACAUUAAAUAUCUACUCUCUCACUUGCUAUCUCGUCCCCUCAUCCAUGCAUAGGAAUACAAAUAUACCUUCUGUUUUGUUUUCUGUUUACUUUUCCCUACAGUGA